UGUAUAUAAACCAUUUUCUUUCUUGUUGACGGAACACUGCUUCCAGUGAGUCCCUCUGCUGCUGCUGCUGCUUUGAUUCAUCAUUGUAAAAAGAUGACUUCCGUCCUUCUUUUCACUUUGCUCCUUUGUGGAUUUGGCCUUGAAGUAAACGCCGAAGAUCCUUCAAGUCGAGUUGGUCGCUGUGGCAGAUUCCCUCCUGGGUUCACUUGGUACAACGGCCGCUGUUACCGGUUUGUGAAGCAAGAAAGGGGUUGGUAUGAAGCUGAGAAGGCAUGUAAUGGAUUAAGUGGAAAUCUGGCCUCCAUCCAGACACUGGAUGAGUACGACUUCAUCAGUGAUUUGAUCUACUCAAAGACAGGAUCACACACAAGCACCUGGGUAGGAGGCUACAAGGUGAAGAAAGGUGCUUGGCUUUGGAGUGAUGGGUCACCGUUUACCUUCAGCGGUUGGUCACCAGGAGAGCCCAACAACUCUGGAGGAAAGGAGAACUGCAUGCAAAUCAACUUGAGAGGCAGAAAGUUUGUCAAUGAUGCUGACUGUGACAUCAGACUGUCAUUUGUCUGUUCCAAAGAAGCAUCAUGACUCCCCGAGUGAGUUUGAUACCUCUGACAGAAUCUGCCUCCCAGCAGAACCUCAAGCCUCGAUGACAUCACUUCUGAGAGAUACUGUGAUAUAUCAGAUGUUAUGUCAUGUUUGAAAUAAAUAAAACUGCAUCUACAGA